CCCUUCUUUCCCAAUUAAAAGCAAUGGGAGUGUGGGCGGGCGAGGAAACUGUCCACUUCUUCUCGGUACAGCGACGAUGGACGCUCUGCUGGUCAAUGUUGACAAAUGGAUCCAAGAGAACGAGGCAGCAUUCCUCCCCCCAGUGUGCAAUAAACUCAUGCACUUCUCCCAGUUGAAUAUCAUGUUUGUUGGUGGCCCCAACAUCAGGAAGGACUAUCACAUCGAGGAAGGAGAGGAGCUUUUUUACCAGAUAAGAGGAGACAUGUGUCUGAAGGUCAUUGAGAACGGCAAGCACAAGGAUGUCCACAUUCGAGAAGGCGAGAUGUUCUUAUUGCCAGCCAGAAUUCCACACUCCCCACAGCGACAGGCUAACACAGUGGGUCUGGUCAUUGAAAGACGAAGGCUAAAGUCAGAGCUUGAUGCGCUCAGAUACUACAUGGAUGGGACCACAGAUGUGCUGUUUGAACGCUGGUUCUACUGUGAAAACCUGGGCGUGCAGCUGGUUCCAGUCAUCCAGGAGUUUUUUAACUCCAAGCAGAGCAGAACAGGCAUACCAGAUCCAGAGGAUCUUCGCAAGGAGCUUCCCUUCCCCUUCAACAAUACUCGCUUGAUGAAUCCUUUCUUGUUAAAAGAGUGGAUUGUAAAGCACAAGAAUGAUUUGGCAAAGAAGCCCGUGGACAUGUUUGGAGUUCAUUUUGAAACUGAGGUGGUGAUGUAUGGCGAGGGAGAGAGUGAAGGACAGAAACGCUCGGACAUCUGGAUCUGGCAGCUGGAAGGCAGCUCUCAGGUGACCCAAGCAGGAAAGAGUGUCACCCUGGCCUCAGGAGACAGCCUUCUUAUCCCGGAACACAACAAAUACCUCUGGUACAGGAGUGCGGGCAGCAUUGCACUCUUUGUGGUUCAGGACCCUGCGAGGAAGAGGCCAUGCUGAUGAGGAAGCACAGCCGCUGCCUUCUUCUAUGCAGCAUGUGCCACAGAGCCGGUGCCCAGGCUACCUGAAUGGCAUUCCAUUGCAUUGAUUUUUAGCAAUGCGAUUAAGUGACAUAAAGGCUUGGGAAACACA